CAAACAACAUGGCAACACCUGCGCCCCGCCCUAUUGCUGUGCAACGAUAACGAGCGCGGAAAUGCAGUCGCCGCAGCUUGACCAGAGCGGAAGAGAGGAAUGACAUGGUUACCGCCGGAUGACGAGUUUGUAAUUGACUUUGAUGCUGAGGACCAAGCGCCCAGCGAGUCGGCAGGCGUCCGCGGUGCUCCGCAGUCUGCGAAUGAGGCUGCUGUGCUCGCACAGACAGACGGCACUUCGGGCCCGGCAGCCGUGCCUGAAGCAAGACAGUUAAAUGUACGCCCGCUUUCUGGCGCACCGGCAACCGGGCGAGGCCCGGGACCGACUAACCCCCCCGCUGGGGAUGGCCGGCUCCUCCCCCGCCGUGGACCCGCACGUCGGCCCGUCCCCGCGCCCUCAGCCGCUGCCGCUGCAGUCAACGCCUCCGCGGCCGAUGGCGCUGCCUUAGAACUGGAUGCUCUACGGCGCCGGAUCGCGCGGCUAGAGCAGCAGCGGAAAGCAGCUGCACGCGCUUCGGCUGCUGCCGGAGCUGAUGCCGGAGCUACUUCCGGCAACGCUGCGGCCGCUGCGGCCUCCACAUCCGGCGGCAUCACUGCGGGAGCGCCUGCGCGUGCAGGACCAGAGACCGCGGCUGCGGCUGCAGCUAACGGCGUCGGUGCCGGCGCGAAGCCCGCUGUGUCGUCAUCAUCCUCGGGGCGCACAGCGUCAGGGGCGGGACGGGCCGGGGGCGGCGCGCUCACCCCCACCAAGGGCGGCGGCGCACCGGGAACGGGGGGCAGCCCGCUCAAGCCGCCGCCAACGGUAACCGCGGCUGUAGCAGGAGCAGCAGCACGGGUGCCGGGCGCGGCGUCGGGGGUGCCACCGCCCGGCAUGGGUGCUAGGGCGUCACUCCAAGCAGGGCCGCUGGCGGCGGCGCCAAACACGGAGCCGCCAGCCACAUCCAAAGCGCCGGCAGUUGUACGCCAGGGGCAAGUCCACGGGCCCGGUACGGCGCCGGGUGCAGCGGCACGCAAGCGAGCUGCCGAGGCCGACCCGGCGCCCACGGCGCCGCCGGUGCGGCCGUACAAGCAGCAGCAGACCGGCGUGAAGGCGCCUGCCGGCACGGCAGCAGACAGGCCCAGCAGCAGCAGCGCUGGCGUUGGAGGAGGCGGCGGAGGCGGAGGCGGCGGUGGCGGCGGCGGCGGCGGCGGCGGCGGCGGCGGCGCCACGGGCAGUGUUCGCUCGGGGGCGGGUCAACACACGCGCCAAGCCGGGGAGCCGGCCGCGGCCGCGCCGGGCCGCCGCGGCCCACAGAAGCGGCAGCACCCCGAGCCGAGCACCACCAUCGCCAGUGCCACCACCGCUACUAGCACCGGCGGCGGCGGCGGUGGCGGUGGCAGCAGCCGCGCCGGUGCCGCGGCGGCGGCGGCAGCUGAGGCGGCGCUGGUGCAGCGGGAUGCGGCGGCGGCGGCGUCGGCGUUCCUGCAGCAACUGUUCCUGACCCAGGUGGCGGCGGGCGGCGGGCCGUCACCGGCCGUCAUGGCAGCAGCAGGCGGAGGAGGAGGCGGAGCAGGCGCAGGCGCGGGGCCGGGGCUGGCGCCGCUUGCGUCGCCGCGUGCGUUGGCGCCGCUCGUCCCUCACGCAAGCGGCAGCCUCGGCGGCGGCGGCGGCGGCACCUCCUCGGCACGGCGCGCGGCGGCGGAGCGCACCAGCGCCGCUAUGCAGCGCCUGCGCCGCAAAUCCACCGGCACUGGGGCCAUCACGGCGGCGGCGGCGGCCGCCACUGCGGCUCAACAGCCGCAUCGGCAGCGCCACCACCAGGACGAGCAGGGGGAGGACGAGGAGGAGGAGGAGCAGCAGUACCAGCAGCAUGGUGAUGUGAUGAUGGACGGGGCGCCGUCGUUGGGAGGUGCAGGAGAGCAGGACGCAUUUGCGGCGGUGUUUGCAGCCGACGCCGCGGCCCGGGCGAUCGAGGUCGCCGCGGCGUCGGGGUCGCGAGGGGCGCCGCCGUCGGCAGCAGCGGCGUCGGGGUCUGUGCACCGCAGCGGCGGCACGGCCGCGACUGCGACGGCGACGGCUGCGUUGGCGGCGGCGGCGCUGCUUGCAACAGCGGAGACGUCGGCGGUGCCGCGGAGCCCGUGCCUACCCGACGGCUUGGCGGCUGCGGGGACGGGGGCGGCGGCGGCAGCGGCGGCGGCUUCACCACGGUACGGGGCCGAGCGGCAUCACCGCGUCCCGCGGCCCUCAGCCUCCCCAGCCGCGUCCGGGCGUUCCGGCGCACCAGGGCCUGCUGCUGCGGCGGCGGGGGCGGUGGCGACGGCGACAGCGGCUGAGACGGCGGCUGAGACGGCGGACAACGGCUUCCGCGCCGGCAGCGCGACGCCUCCCCGGCCGCAGCUGCAGCUACAGCCGCUGCGGGUGCACCGCCGGACGCCAACGCUUGCUACUGCGGCCGAUGACGCCGCCACCACCGGAGACGACGAGGCAUACCUGGGGGCGGUGCCGUCGCCGUCGGCGCUGCCUGGCGGCGGGGCCGGCGGCUCGAGGCCGCCGCCGGCUUGGGCGCACGGCAGCGAUGCCAGAGAUAAUGCAGCUGGCGCUGUGGGCACUGCUGGGAUCGGGAGAGGUGGUGGCGGUGGUGGCGAGGCGCACGUGCGGGCUGGGCCGCACGCGCCGCCUUGGGUGCAGGCGGCGGCAGGAGGCUGGGGCGGGGCUGCGGGCGCGGGAGCGAACGCCAACGGCGGUCCGGGGACUGGUGGCCAGACCACUCCGGGGCUCAUGACCGGGCCCGAAUCCCGGCAGUCGCCGGCGACGGAGCCCACGUCGCCGGUACCAACGGCGGCGGAAGCAGCAGGCGGCGCCGCCGAGUACGAGGAGGCGGCGGCGGCGGCGGCGGCAGCGACGGGAUCAGCGCCGCCACCCGGUGCGCCGCUCAGGCCGCCGGGGCCCGGCCCUGCCAUGCCGGGGUUUCGGCCGCCGCCGGGCGCCUUUCCACAUUUCAUGCCGCACCCUCCUCCCCCGUUCCGCUUCCCACUCCCGUCCUUGCCUCCGUACCCGUUCCCGCCGCCGGCUGCUGCGGCCUACAGCUACCCACACGCAGUACCGGGCGUGCCGGGCUGGGCUGGGGCGCCGGCUCCGCCGCCGCCGCUGCCGCCGCCGCCGUACGGUGUCCCGCUAACAAGGUCGCCACACGCCUUCAGCGCCGCACCCGCUGCCGCUGCAAUGGCAGGUGCGAGCGGCUGGCAGCAACCCGCAGCGGCGGCGGCGGCGUCUGCGCAUCACGAGCCCGCAGCCGUCCCUGCAGCAGCAGCAGCUGCCGGCGGCGGCGGCGGCGGUAUCGGCAGUAGCAGCGGGGCUCGCCGCAUCAGCAGUAGCAGUGGCAGUGCGGUGGUGUCACUGGCGGAGGUGGAACUGCUGGCGAGGAAGGAAUUGCUGCUGACCAAGUGGCACAUGGUGCAGGAGCUGGCGAGCGAGGUGGAGGCGGAGUGGCAGGAGGUGUGUGUGGCGCACAACCGUCUGCGCAGCGUCGCCGUGCCGCUGCACCCGCAGCAGCAGCAGCAGCUGCAGCAGGCGCCGCAGCAGCAACAGUCGCUGCAACAACCGCCGGCACAGCCGCAGCAGCCGCAGCCCGCCACCGCUGCGACGCCCUUCGCCGACCCCGACCAGCAGCACGCCAUGACACAUCCGCUCCACCACCAGCAGCACCACCAGCACGACCACCAGCACCAUGCUGCGCAGCAGGCAGGCCACGUCGUGCAAGCAGUUGCUGCGGCGUCACACACGCCGCCCCAGGACGAUGAUGCCAAUGGCGGGGGGACCGGCGGUGGAGGCGCCGCCUCGUCGUCGGCACUGCUGCCGCACCCGUCACUCGCCGACUACGCGAUAAGCGGUCCGACUCAGCAUCACGCUACACCCGCUGCUGCCACUGCCGCCGCUACUGCUGCUGUUGACGCUGCUGCUACUGCCGCCGCUGAUGCUGCUGCUGGUACAGCAGCCGGCGCGGCAGUGGACCUGUCGCCGCCGCUGGCGCCCUCACCACGUGUGCAGGACGCCGGGGAAACAGGCGGUGCAGGAGCAGCGGGUGCUGGCGCGGCGGGGCCCAGCGGCUACACGUCACUCGCGCUGCAACAGCAUCACGGCGGCCGCCCGCACGCGUACUCGCCAGAGCCACAGCUACAGCCGCUGCAGCCGCACCCAGCGGGCGCAGGGGCGGCGCACUACGUCCCACUGGCACUGGGCAGGCCGCCCGGAGCCAGCCGCCACGCCCUCGCGCAGGCCCAGCCGCCGCUACAGCCGCCGCUACAGCCGCCGCUACAGUCGCUACAGCCGCUACAGCAGCAGCAGCAGCAGCACCAACUGGCGGGGGGAGCUGGGGCAGGCGGCCUGGGCGCCGCGGCCCCGGUCCUUCGUGGCGAGGCGGCACUGGGCGGGUCAGCGGCGGCAGCUGGACUCGCAGCCGAGGGCGGCGGCGGCGCGGGGGGCGCAGGCGGAGCUGGGAGCGGGGAUGGGUCGGGCACGGAAGCUGUGUUGGCAGGAACUGGGUAUGGGAGCGGGGAUGGUGCCGCCGCAACAGGCGCGGGGGUAGGGGUGGCUUCAGGGACACGGACCGGCGCCGGAGCCGGUGCUGGAGCCGGGCCGGGCAAGGCGCCAGCAGCGGGCGGCAGUACCGGCACUGUCCCGGCCACAAGUGUGGGCGAUGCCGGCGCCGGCGCCGCCAAUGGUGGCAUCAGUUUCAAGCUGCAGAUGCCGGGGCGGAGGGUGGGCCGCACCGCGGUCGCAGCUGCCGCCGCGCGCCCCUCCUCCGCCUCGCCGCCGCCGCCGUCUGCAGCAACGGAGGCGGCAGCCGCAGCCCAGUCGGCGCCUGCGGCGGCGGCGCCGCCGCCUUUCAUGGGCUGGGGGGUGCCGCCGCCGCACCCAUACGUAGGCGGCGGCGAAAACGCGGGAGUGUCCGGCGCCGGUUACGCAUACCAGCAGCAGCAGUUGGCGCCGGUGCCAGCGCUGCAGCCGCCGCCGUGGCAGGCGCCGCUGCCGCAACAGCAGCUGCCGCAGCCGCAGCAGUGGCCGUGGCCGUGGCCGCCUCCGACGUAUCCUCCGCCGCAACCUCUGCCGCCGCCGCAGCUCCAGCAACAGCCACAGCAGCAGCCGUGGAACCCGAUGCCACAACAGCCGCAACAACCACAGCAGCUGCCGCAGCAUCCGCCACAGCAUCCGCCACAGCAGCUGGGCCCGCCGCCGAUGUGGCAGGGCGCACCGCCGGCCGGCUACCGGGCCGCUAACGGCGGCGGCUGGGGCCACGGCCCUUCGGCCGCUGGUCCUGCUCCUACCUCUGCUCCUGCGGUCAACGGUGGUGGUAUGGGUGACUGCGGUACUGGGGUUGUGCAGGGGGGCAUGACGGGCGCGCCGCCUCCUAUGCCUCACAGCUUUGAGCCAGGCGGUGCUGCUGCGGGUGCGUGGCCCGGUGCUGCGCCCGCUGCUGCUGCUGCUGCCGCUGUUGUUGCCGCUGCUGCAAAUGCGCCGCAGGUGUGGGCGGAGCGAGGGGCACAGGCAUUUCCUUCUGGACCACACCACCACCAUGGCUCGGCAGCACCAGCGCCAGCACCAGCGAAUGGCCUGCACAGCCACGGACCGCAGGCGUACCCUACGCCGGAUGCCCAGCAACAGGCGCCAGCAGGAACCGCAGCCGCAGCGGCAGCACCGCUACAUGUGCACGCACACGUGCACCACGUCAGCGCCAGCUACGCCCCGCAGGGUUGCGCGAGUGCAGCGGCAGCGACAGGCAGCGGCAAUGCCCCUGUGAGUUUCGGCGCAGGUGGUGCGGCGGCUGUGGGCGGUGUGUCGCACCUACAUGCGCACCCGCACCAGGGGAACUGGCAGCACGCCCUGGGGCGGCCGCCGCAUCCGAACUUCAGGCCACAACCAGAACAGGUCGCACCCGCCAGCGACAACCGCGCGCCGUACGCCACGCAGCAGCAGCCGGAAGCAGCCGCGGGAGCUGUGGGCACCCGACAUGCGUCCGCCGCCGGAGCUGGAGCCGCGCCCGAUGGUGGAGCCCUCGUUCCGCCCGCACCCGCAGGUCUGCAGCCGCAGCAACAGCCCCAGCCCCAGCAACUCCAACCACAGCAGCAACUUGAACCCCAGCAGCACCAGCAACCUCAACCACCACCACAGCAGCAGCAGCACCAGCAGCAGCAGCAACACCAACGCAGACCCCAGGCACAGAAGGAGCACUCGGGUGCGUCGCCCGAGGGCACAGCGCCUCGCCACCACCCGGCGGAGCACGAAAGGCCACCGUCGGCAUCCGCAACCGCACCGGCACCCGCAGUAGCAGAGGCGCCGCCGCCGCCGCAGGUGCAAUACUGCCGCCACCCGUUCAUCCUGGGCCGCAGAGCAACAGCGCCACCGCCCAGCACCCAGGCGCCCAAACCCCACACGCAGGCGCAGGCGCAGCAACAACACGAUAUCCAAGGCCGGCACUCACAGCACCCCCGGCACACGUCUGCCAACCGCCACGAGCCUCGGGCCCUGCAGCAGCAGCAGCAGCAGCAGCAGCCGGCACCGGGUGCAGGUGGGGGGCACAGGGCCGCUCUGCAGCUGCUGUCUACGCGCUACGAGUCGCCAUUGGCGGUGUUCCGGUCCUACUCGAAGGACCUGGCAUCGCGGGGGAAUGGGAGCGAUGGCGGUGGCGGCGGCGGCCAGCCUGCGUGAGGCGGUGGAGCUGAGAAUGGUGUCUAUGUUUUCUUGUUUGGGGUACAUUGUUUAUAUAUCGCAUGCGAGGCAUGUGCGCAUCCGCGCGUGCUUUUUAUGAGGGUCGGAGCCAAGUGUGAGGGCUCGCGUGCCGAUAUGCAUGUAUUGAGCCGGCGGGUACAGGAGCAGAGCAGGGCGAUACGAGAGAUGAGCAAAGCAUGCAUGGUCGGGGCAACGAUGCAGCAGCUGAAGUGUAAGUUGCACGCGAC